CCGAAGAGGAACAGGAUAGGACAGCUGACAGAUAUUUUGUUAGGGAGGGCAAAUACUGUGUGUGUGUGAGGAGGAGGUUGCCGCCAGCGGCGGAACGGGAAGAACCAGCCACGAUGAUGAAUUGAGGAUACGACGGCGGGCAUGCCCUAGUGGUUGCUGCCAAGCAGAGUGCCGAGUGAAGUGGCAGUCUGCGUUGCUGGUCUGUGAUCCGUAGCCUGGACAGGGCCAUUGAGGGCAGGGCGACUGCGCUUGGCGCUCGCCCGCUAGCGGCCAGCAUUGGCCAUGCUGACGACGCGGGCCGCGCUUUUGGCCCUAGCGCUGGUGACCGCGCGUGGCAGAUGGCUCGGCAUACAUAGCCAUGGUCACGGUGGACCGAUGUCACGCUCCGAAAUGCGACAGGCAUCUCCUGAGGAGCCGGAGCAUGACGCUCUAGCUGACAUCGAAGCCGUGAAGCGCGAGAGCUUCUGCGCCAAAAAUACAUACCUACAAUGGGCCCGCGUUGACAUUCCGGAUACUGAUAGUGCACAGGUGCGCGAUAAGGCGCUGCUUGCCGCCAAGCUUCUGGCGCCUCAGAAUCUGGUGGACAGUGUAAACAAGAGCACCCUCCGACACUUUGUCCAGCAAAUCUUCGGGUCAGACAACGCAAUCUUCUGUGUUAAGGUUCUCGUGGCUAACAAAACAAAAGAAAGGGGAGGUCAUCGUACGAAUCUAGGAGAGAAAGAUAAGAUUAUAGGCAACAUUGUCCUCGUAGACUCACAAGCGCGUCAUAAUAACUUAGAAGUCACCGAGCCCGAUUUGUUUGUGCGGGUUUCACCUUGGCCAAAUGUCACCGAGCACUACCUUAGAAAGAAACCAAUGCCUUGGCCGCAACACAGUAAUCCUGACCAACCACCUAAACCUUACGCAGUACAGGACACCUGGACAUUGCCGUAUUUUUCUUGUGAAUAUCGUAAAUGGGUUGUUUCACAUCUGUCGUUCGUGAUGACUAAGUACCGCGUGGCAGUACUUGGGGUUGACCUCGACGUAUCAGACAUUGACAUCGAUCAAUGCGAUCCAGAGUUGCGCCCACACCCACAAACCACAGCUACCCUGGUGACAUUUCAAAGCACACAUAAAUGUCACAAUGAAACCAGUGAAUGCGAAUUCACGCCACGGAAGGGCUGGGUGCGUGGAGCUUAUGUCUGUCGUUGUCGAGAAGGAUUCUACCCAAACGCGUCUAUCGGACCUCAACCAUACCGAGGAUCCAUAGUAGAAGAUGCCUUUCGAUUCUCAAACAACACAAAUGGGUUUCGAUGUUUACCCUGUGCACCGGGCUGCACGACUUGUAUCGAUGCCACCCCAUGCCUCUCCCACUACCAUUGGCCGUUUCGUAUAACGUUGCUCGCGAUCUCAGUUAUGUGCAUACUAAUGACGCUUGUCCUGGCAGCCUACGUCUACAAGUUUAGACGAGUCAAAGUAAUAAAGGCAGCCUCGCCGGUAUUUCUGUGCAUAACCCUCUUGGGUUGUGCCAUUAUGUACUGUGAGAUGGCCGCGAUCUUUCCUGUUCUCGAUCGUUCGUGCUGUGUUGCAACUAAAUGGACACGGCAUAUGGGAUUCUGCAUUACUUACUCAGCGUUGCUGCUCAAGACAUGGCGUGUAUCUCUAACUUACCGCGUUAAGUCAGCCCAUAAACUCAAGCUGACCGACCAUCAGUUGUUACAUUGGCUUUUCCCUAUCCUGCUCGAGGUUGCCAUCUUCCUCGGCACGUGGACUAUUUCCUCGCCUCCAGAAGGCGUGUAUAUUAAGGACUGGUCGGGAUUGAAGUUCAAGAUCUGUGAGUAUAACUGGUGGGACCACACCAUUGCAUUAGGCGAACUGCUUUUCUUACUUUGGGGUAUCCGGGUCUGUUACUCGGUGCGACAUGCGCAGUCGCUAUUUAACGAAGCACGUCACAUCUCUGUGGCUAUCUACAACAUCGCACUAGUUAACACAGUGAUGAUGUUGUUCCAUCUUGUGCUCUUGCCUGAUGCGGGGCCCGACAUCAAGUACCUGUUCGGAUUCAUCCGAACACAGCUGUCAACCAGUACAACGGUAGCACUCGUGUUCGGACCGAAGUUCUACCGAUUACUGCGUGGCGAAGGCGAUUCGUGGGACACGAGCCAUUCACGAACGCGUGGCGUAUCGCUUAAUGGUAUUACAACAGGCCUAAGUCACGAAGAGACGCAAAUCGACCCAUACCAGGAAAACGAGGAGCUCAAGGAAGAAGUGCAACGUUUAGCUGCACAAAUUGAAAUGAUGAAAAUCGCACAUAUGGAACACAACAAUCGCCACCUUAAAACAUCUGCUGCCAAGGGGAUUUUCGGUACUUCGCCAGGACCCGCCGUUGUCAAAGCAAUGUACAUGAAGCUUGAAUCAGCUGAUUCACCUGGCUCUCGGGUAUCACCUGCUGCUGAACUCGUAUCGGAACGAGUCUGAGUUAUGACCCUGAGGUACCUUGACAGAUUAGCUAGCGAAAAUUUGUUGGUGGAUUAUCGGUAGUAGUAAGGUAAGGUAAGGUUGAUUGUGGCUUGUCAUGACUAUCGACACUAUCGAGUGAGGGCAAAAUUGAAGUUGUCGUUUCGAGAUCAAUAAGUGUGCUCGGAAACGGUAUUCGUUCCAACGUAGUGCGCGACCGUCGACGAGAGGUAAGGACAACACCAGCUGUUCGCAGAAUCGUCUCUAAUUUAGCAGCGGCACCUAACAGUAACUACACCCAAUUCGUAUGAAGAUAGCAAUAGGCAAACAAAGUAAGACUGCGGCUGGUGAUUACAUUUAAAUGAUGAUAUGUUUAGCAUAAAUUCCUCAGAAAUAUUAUGGAGCUUAACGAACCCAAAAUGGAGGUUGUGUACACAUUUGUCGUCCAAUGCUCAAUAUGUUGCACGUUGCUAUUGGGCCUAGUAUUAACAGAUCAUUCUAGCUAUGAGCAUGUUCGCUGAUAGUUUCGUAUUAGCUAUUAUGGAAGUAGAAAUAUCCGAUCAUUACGAUGCAAGUAAGUAGAUGCGAUGAUAACUUCCGCUAGGUGCCGCUGCAGAUUUGGAUACGACGACUUGGAAUGGUAUAAUAAUACGACUGACAGUUUGUCCACUGAAGUUACCUGAUUUUAGUGCUGACCUACAGAAGCAUCGUUCUAUUACUGCUAUGAAGCUGUACGAAAGAUUUACGCGAGAGUUAUCCGUAAUAGUGUAUAAUUUAUACAUAAAAACAGAGAAAGCUAAAUGUUAUAAGGAAUCACACUAUAUAAUGUCAAUGGUAUAUAUAUAUAUAUAUAUAACAUCUAGUCGAGCUGAUAAUAUUAUAAAUGAUGGCGGGAAGAAUUUAAAGGAGGAAAGUUAUUAUUAUUAUUAAUAGUAAUAUUAUAAUGUUAACACAAAACGAAUACCACCAUGUAAUUAACGCAAGAAAGAUAACGGCAUCAUAAUCGACAACUUCUUGGCAGUAGGAAUGGAUAUAUCUAGAGAGAGAAGAGAAAGCGAAAAAAAAAAAAAACAAAAAAAAAAAAAGGCUCAAAAAGGCGCUAUGGACAUAUGAAAUGUUGCAUUUUGCUAUGAUCGCUAAAACUUUAGACAUUCAAUUGGCUUAAUUAUUAAUACUUUUCGUAUAUGUGCACUCAAAUCGAGUGCUUAAAUGAACAUAGCCACUAAUCUUCCAGUACACCUUCUAUUCGAGCGUCAUUCCCGUCACUACAGCAAGCUACAAUGUCUUGACUGAACGUUGAUUUUGUAAAUAGUAUUAAGAUUAUAGAUAGAUAUAUAUAUAUAUAUGUAUAUCCUAAUUAAUAUCAUUAAAAAUGGGGACGAAUUAAAUUGUCGGAGCGCUCAACCUUCCCCAGCCAAAGGAUUCAUUCCAUCUUUCUCAUCUCAACUGGGAACGACAAUAAUAAUUCACAGUUACGUUAAUAUCGAUGAAUAUAAUCAUAUACAAAUCUAGUACUCGAAACAACUACGUACCAUAUAUAUAUAUGGGCCAUACAUCGUCUUACAGGACGAAGCUCGAGCUUGGCUCGGUGAAGUAAAGUUUAGCUUUGGGUAAUAACAUUGACUUGGACAAAUACAAUAGUAUAUGGCUAAUACCAAUGCAACACAGGAAUCAAUCGUAAGACACCACCACAGCACACCUUGCCAUGGAACAUCAGUGUUUACAUUAUCGUUAUAAAGGCAUUAUGUGAACAUUUACAUUGAACGAGACUAUACUACAACGUAAUACGUAAACAACUGAUAGAGAUAGACUGAACAAACUGAGCUAACUUUGAGGGCUUUAAAAAUGUAACGACUACUAAGUUUCUUCUGCGAGCCAAACAGAUUUUAGUAUAGAAUAUGGAUGAACUAGCAGCAACUAGCUUAUAAUAGUAUUGAGAUCUUUUGGCGAAGGUCUAAUCAGGUUUCGGCUGGUAGUCUACUAGGAUUUUGUCAACACUCAGUAAGAAAGGCACCCUUCUCUCUUGCUAGCCACCGAACACUGGUCGGCUAAAUAAUUUUCGAUUGGUUGACAAGAUCACUAAAACCAAGUGUUAAUACCAUUUGUUUCCGGUAAUCACGUAAUAAGCAUAGCCUGACCAUAGACAAAACAUUGAGCUGAAAAUAAAUAGCUAGCUUUCCUAUAUAUCUUCUACGAAUAUAAAAUGUUAAUUUGUCUCAAGUCACCUGGUACGUUUUUCUUGAAUGGCGUAUAGGAGGCCCUGUUGAGACAUGAGGAACGCUAAUGGCAUUGCUAAACGUAAUGUCAGUGGUUCAACUGGGACUUUACUAAUAUUCGUACCGCCCGCAUCCAAUCUACAUGUAUCAUAGCCCCCUGACACCUAUUCACAUAACACCAUUCAAUACUUUCGUUGUGAGGGACAAAGCAGCACUUGGUAGAACUAGAUAGUAUUAUUCAGCAUCAUGUGGCCAUUCAAGCCAUUUAUUAAAUGUUACAUUCGCGGUUCAUGAACAGGACACCAUAAAGGCAACUACUGCUGAAAAAAUUUGAAACAAUAAAAAAAAGAACACACAUUCGGUUAACCUUACUGAGCGGAAACCAAAACCUUGUAUAUAUAUUGCGUAAUAUAUUUUUUAUAUAUACGUACUUCUUUAAACAAGCACACAAGUUCUGUUUUUUCCUCAUGUGGUAUAUAUAUAUAUAUAUAUAUAUAUAUAUAUAUAUAUACAUAUAUAUAUAUACAUACAUACAUACAAC